GCUUCACCACAAUACACACUGAUCCAGAGCCUGCCGCCGAGGGAUGCGCGCUGUUCUCUUUCGGACGUGUCGUACUUUAAGUCGUUCGCGCAGUCUUCAGCGGUAAUCCAGUUCGAGCGGACGUGAACUCCCCCACACUUAGCGCGACAGCUUUUUCGGGAAGGUGAGAAGUGGUUGCAUUUAAAGUUUAGAGCAUUAGAAGUGAGAAAGUGCGAGAAUUGCGGUUGGUGAUAUGCUCCAAAACGGACUCGAUAACCAUUAGAGUAAAGUUGGUCUAACGCGUGGACAUUUAGAGCGGAGUAGAAUACAGUGGAACUCCUUUGUUUGGUGACCGCAACGCCGGUGAAUACGCUAAUUUGAAUAUAAAUUAGCCAAACCGCGGGACGGAAUGGCAGACGGAGGCAAUCUGAACAACGUCGAGGUACCUUACGCCAUGAAUCAUCAACCGUAUGCAAUCGAACCGCAGGUAUAUUUCAUGGUCCCGGACAGAUUUGAGCUUGCUCAUCAGUUAGGCAUUGGAGCUCAAGGCGCAGUAGUGGCUGCAAUCGAUAGGACUAACGGGAGUAAAGUAGCCGUCAAGAAACUCUCCAGACCAUUAGAAAACCAAACAAAUGCCAAACGGGCGUACCGUGAGAUCAAACUACUGCAGACGCUGGAUCAUCCUUUUAUCAUCAAACUACUAUACGCUUAUUCGCCGCAAAACGAUUUGGCUUCAUUCCGGGACAUCUACCUCUUUACGGAAUGCAUGGACGGCAACUUGAGCACGGUGGUUGGCAGUCCGUUGGAUCAUGAACGAAUUUCAUUUCUAAUCUACCAAAUCCUGUGUGGCAUUAAACAUCUGCACUCCGCGGGAAUCAUUCACCGAGACCUGAAACCCACCAACAUCGUAGUGAACAAGGAUUGCUCUCUGAAGAUCCUGGACUUUGGUCUGGCUCGAAGCGUAGGAACCAAUUUCAACAUGACGCAGUACGUGAUCACUAGGUACUAUCGAGCCCCGGAGGUCAUACUCAACAUGGAUUACGACACAAACGUGGACAUUUGGGCAAUUGGAUGCAUCAUGGCGGAGCUCAUCAAAGGGCAUGUGUUGCUACCCGGAACAGAUCACGUGGACCAAUGGAAUCAAAUUACCGCCACCUUGGGCACCCCUUCGCCAGAGUUUAUGGCUCGAGCGUCUGCAUCGACGAGAAAUUACAUCCAAAAACUGCCCAUCACUCCGAGACCGUCUUUUGACGUACUUUUUCCAGAUUCCGAUUUCCUAGAAGAUAAAAACGACCAUUCCGAAGUGAACAACCGUAACGCGAGGGAUAUGCUGGAUCGGAUGCUUACGAUCGAUCCCUUAAACCGAAUGACCGUCGAGGAAGCUCUGACCCAUCCCUACGUGCGCUGCUGGUUGGAUGAGGCGGAAGUCAAUCGACCCGCGCCAGUGCCAUACGAUCACACUUUGGACGAGCAGGAACUUAGCUUGGAUCAGUGGAAAGCGCUGCUGUUCCGCGAUGUGAAGGAGAUUCAAGCACAAACGCUUGGCUGACAAAGGCGACGAAUGAGGCUCACAACCAUAUCAGACUUUACUGUUAGGUUUCGAACUAGUUGUAGGCAAUGAUAAAUUUAUCAUGUUAUGAUGGCUGUUAUGCUCGAGUAGGUUUUAAUCUCUUCGUUAAAGUUAAUGCAAGUUUUUACGUAAUCGUUAUAGGAUAGAACUUCAUGGUCUCAUGAUGUAGAAAUGUUAUGUUAUGAACUAUUUUAUGCAAAAAAUGUUCGAAAUGAGUUAUGGAGUUCAUUUUUGUCAUAGUUGCUAUUUCUAAUUAUCGAUCACUACAAUCGCAGAAAGAGUUAAGUCACAUUUCAAUUAAAAAACUGAGCCUUACAGGAUGAGACUGAACGUGUGGGCCCUUAGUAAUUAACAUUGAUUAAAUAUUGCGAAAGAUAGUUGUGCAAUAUGGAGCCUUGCAUUCGAUUAAAGAUAUGUUUACACCGGAUUAGAAGUGAACAAACCCAACAAAGAUUAUGUACAAAGCUAGGAUCAAAUAAAUUGUUAUAAUAAAAAA